GAACUUGUGCAUCAAAGCAGAGAAGUUCAGGUCUGAAUCGGGCAAACAAAUGGCGCAAAGGAAAAUGAGGAAGACCUUUGUUUGUGAUAACUCAAUUAUCAUCACCAUCCCAAUCAAGGGUCUGAAGGAUCUAAAGGAGGGUCAGCUGUUGCCAGAAAAUUUCUACUGUGUUUACAAGGAUCAUUUUAAGGUCCUUGCCAUCAAGGGGAAGCCUAAACCUGUUGGAGCAGCGCAGGCCACCGUUGGUGUGUUUCUUUUUGCUCUCGGUCUGGUUUGUAAAAGCCACUACUUCAUAUCUUUGCCAAGUUUUCUGUUUCUGAUCUGUGGUGUGGCGUCAUAUGCAGCAGGGAAUUAUCCAAACAUGCAUCUGACUAAGAUGUCAUUCUCCCUGAACAUAAUCAGCCUCUUCUGGUCCCUUGUUGCAAGUGUUCUUUACAAGAUGAGUAACAAUGAGCAUCAAUUAACACCUACCAAGUUGAUGAAUGGAGUCCAAGGACUGAUAAUGAGUCUGCUGGCUGUCGAAAGUAUCAUAGCCCUGUACUUGAUCUACUGGUUGAGCAAAGCUGUGUGCAGGGAGGACUUCAACACUUUGCCCACCAUACUGCUGAAAGACGAAGACUGAGGCUGUGUGCUGUGCCUUUGCCCGUUUUUGUCACGUCCUUCUUACCACAUAAGUUACUGCAAGUUGUGUCUUUGAAAUUAUUCGAAAGUGUUCAAAUGCAAAACGUUGAUUUGAUUUUUGCACAAUUACCUGUUCAUAGCAAAUGUCACUCAAGAGGGCUGCUUCAUAUAGAUAUUAUGCAAACUUUGUAGCUUUAUAGAAUAGUCAAAGCCGUGAUAUUUUCACAUUAUUUAAAAAUCUUUUAUAUUUCUUAGAUAACAUGGAUAGAAGUUCUGAUUACAUUUUACAUUUUUUAGAAUCAUCUUUAUGUAUUACAUAAACUUGUGUUGCUUGUUGUUUUAUCUACUUCAGUCUUGAUAUUAUUUUCAGUCAUGUUUUCAUCAGAAAUAAAUAAAUAAAAGACGCAGUUUUCUUGAAUUAAAUUGUGUCUACUUGUGAAGCUACAACAGUACUCUUUGUUAUAAUCACUUACAAGUAUUUUUAAAACAUACAUUCCUGUUUCUGUACUGAAGUGUUA